AUGAUCCGUUGGUUUCGAAACUUGGGAACACUGUUCAAAAAACCAAGAGGAGAUGGUAUUGUGAAGACUGGUACGGAAGAAAAAGAUGUGAUCUGUGAAACGCUUGCUAUUUCAGAAACAACAACUAACCAAACAUCACAACGAGUUGAACAGGUUCAGGAAGUCGUGGAUUGCCAAGAAGAUCGGCGUAGUUUGGGUGGAAAAGGUGGGGGAGGCGGAGGAGGUGGUGGUCAUGGUGGUGGAGGUCAUGGUGGUGGUGGACAUGGUGGUGGAAGUCAUGGUGGUGGAGGCCAUGGUGGAGGUCAUGGUGGAGGUCACGGUAGUGGCUAUGGUGGUGGACACAGUGGAGGUCAUCGUGGAGGCCAUGGUGGAGGUCAUGGCGGAAAUCAUGGUUCAGGACAUGGUGGACGUUCGAGCCAUAGUGGAUAUGGAGGAAGAUCCGCUUCAAGAGGAUCUGUGGGAAAUCAACACUACAACUCCACCAAACCGAAUGGAAGAACUGGGAGAUCCGCCUCAACUAACACGUCGAAGAGCACAUCACGAGCUAGUAGAAGUAGAUCAACUGGAAGAAAAAGUUCCAUGGCCACCAGUUCGAGAAACUACAGUACCACAACUUCGACAAGAUCCACCAAAUCAACUAAUCCAACCAACUCGUCUAACACAAUUCCAACAACAACAACAACUAACACAUACUCACAGGAAACUACAAAAUCAACUAGAAGUAGUUCGGGUUACUCAACUUCAUCUAUGGGAUCAACUGCAUCGAAAUCAGCUAAUCACUCAGGCACCGCUUCAACUUCUACGGGUACUGUAUCAAAAGAGAAAUCAAGAGGAAGAAGUACUACUCGCAGAGAUAACAUCAAUUCAGCGGUGUCUCGAAAAUCUCAAAGAUCUAGAAGUCGCUCGGUAUCCAGGGGCAGAAGUAGGAACCGAUCCACCUAUAAUCGAUCCAGACCGGAAUCUCCAGGAAAAUCCACAAAAGGACAACAUGUGAGCAGAAAAGAUGCUGCACUGAAAGAAGUGCUCAGUCCAACAAAUAUGUACACAGAUGGUUCGUAUUUGAAACGCGAACAUCGUUCAGGUAUCGGAAUAUUCGUAGCACCCGGUCAUGAACUGAACCGAUCUCAAAGAAUUCAUGGAAACAUUCAAGAUAACAAUUUUGCCGAGUUUCUUGCUGUCAAAACAGCACUUCAAAAUGCACUGAAGAAUGAGACUUAUAGAAACCAGAAGAUUGUGAUCCGAACGGAUUGUUUGAAUGUGAUCGAGGCGUUGUCCGGAGUAAGAGGUACAUCAUAUCCUGGAUUGAAAUCUGAAGUUGAAUCUUUGGCAAAGUACUUCCCGAAGGGCGUCGAUUUCCAGCACGUCUACGCGCAUGAAGGAGACCCAGGAAACGAAUUGGCGGAUAUGUUUGCUGGUAUCGCAACAGGAAAAUCUCAGGGAUACGGUGGCGGAUUCCGGAGAAAUCGAAGUGCUUCCAGAGAGAGGAAUCGCAUGAGAUCCAAGUCUAAUGAUCCGGCAAUGAUUCGCAGCAGAAGUCACUCAAUUCAAGGAAGACUAUGA